AUGGCAAAGUACAAGUAUGGAAUUUUUUACAAGGGUAAGAAACAACGCAGCAUUCGAUACAAGAAGCAAUUUCGGGAGGGGUCCAAGGGAGCGAUGAUACCAAGCAUGAAGAUUCAGGCCAUGGCCUUCUCGCCAGAAGGUUCGCUUUUGGCUCGUGGCAACUCAGAUCGCUCAGUCCGUGUUUUUGAUACGAUGACCAGAAAUGUACGCGCUCAUUUCGAAGGACAGAGAGACCGAACCACUAUAUUGGGAUUCUUCACAGGGAAUGGUGAAACCAUUGCCUCCGUGACUGUCAAAGGACGCAUCGGACUAACGCAAGGUUUCUCGUGGCUGGAUGCGAUGAUGGAUCUAUCACGCUAUGGGAUCUGCAUCGCAGGGACUUCCUCCGUCAUCCUAAAGCCAUUCCAGCAAGCCCCAUGCACCCCCACCUUGAAAAGGCGAGAUAUCAGUGACACGCUCAUGCGCGCCGGCGCAAUUGACAAGGACAUAACUUCUAUCCUCCCCAAUAUAUCCAAGGUAAAUGGAAUCGCCGUUGGAAACAAUGGUGUAUUUGCCAUUCGCGCAGUUAUCGCAACAGCUCUGGCUAUCCCCACAUGGUUCUUUGGUAUCUGCCCUCUUGGGAUGUGCCGCAGCCGCACAGCUAUAGUAGCCACGGGCGCCGUUUCUGCCGGUUGGGUUCGCCUAGGUGGUGACUAUCGUCGACCUUCUUCUCGCUCGCGCGUAGGCAGUUAG